AUGAAUCCCAGCAACCCUUUAUCUGUCGCAGUGGCAGAUAGUCUGUCCACGUAUGACAUCCAGAAUGAGUCGUUUCGUCUAGGCACUGUAUCCAUCGAAGGAGACAAAUUUAUAUGCGUUAAAGAAAAUGUGAACGAGAACACCCAAGUGGUGGUUAUAAACCUGCAAAAUAAGAUAAGCACGCGGAAGUAUAUGAAAGCAGAGAGUGUCAUUAUUCACCCCAAUGACCCCAUAUUAGCAUUGAGAGGUACCUUAAAAAAUGUCAACACGAUAUUUUUACAAGUUUUUAACAUAGAAACGAAGGAAAAAAUAUGUUCCUUAAAUUUAAAUGAGUACAUGAAUUACUGGAAGUGGAUAAAUAAUGACACCAUUGCCAUUGUCUGCGAGAGGAAUGUAUACCAUUGGAAUAUAGACAUCCACAAUAGUAAGAAGCAGAAGGAAAAUUACACCUUGACGAAGGUUUUCGAGAAGGCACAAGUGUUCAUUGACAACAAUUCUCAAAUUUUAUACUAUGCCACAGAUAAGGACAUGAAAUGGUGCAUUUUGUGUGGAAUAUCUACGCAGGAUCAAGGAAAAAGCAUCGAUGGGUACAUGCAACUUUACUCGUGUGAUAAGAAGUUGCACCAAACGAUUGAAGGAUUUAUAGGAUGUUUUGGAUCAUUUAUAUUUGAUAACUGGGACAUAAAGCCCCUCUUCUGUUUUGUCGAAAAGAAGAAAAAUUCAACUGUAUCGAGAAUCCACUUGAUGGAUAUAUACAGUAGCAAGACGGAGACGGGCACCAUGCCAUACAAAAUUGUGAAGGAAAUUAAUCUAAUAAAUGAGAACAUUAAUGAUUUCCCAAUUUAUAUCAGCAUGAACACUUUGCAAGGGGUGAUAUACAUUGUCACAAAGUGCAGCUAUGUGUACAUAUUUGAUGAAGGCACACUAACCCAACUUGUGAAGGAAAAAAUUAGUGAAGAUAACAUUUUCACCUGCUGUGAUAGCAAAAACGGGGAAGGAAUAUACGCGGUGAACAAAAAAGGAAAAAUUUACUACAUCACCAUUAACUACGUCAAUUUAAUAAACCACAUAAAAUUGUCCAACUUUGAUAGUAAGGAUAAAAUUAUAAAAAAUUUGUGCGUAAAAUAUGGGUACCCAGGAUGCGACUACAUUAGUGCUUACAAAAAAUGCAUUAACGAAAUGGAUUUUAAGAAGGCCUCGAAAAUUAUAUGCCUACUGAAGAACACCAAAACGUAUGAGGAAUACUCCAGCUCAGUUGCCGAAGCUGUUUUGAUUAUGACCAGGAAAAAUGUAGACAUUAGAAUUAUCCCUCCCUUGCGAACACAGCAAGUGCUGAAUAGCUUCAAAUCGAUGAAAAAUGCAUCGGGACAGCUAUCCCCUCUUCUUCUGUACUUUUCAGUGCUUCUCGAAUAUGACAAGUUGAACACGUACGAAUCGGUCGAGUUGGUGAAACCUGUCAUUUUGCAAAAAAAGAAGGAAUAUCUAGAAAAAUGGAUAAAGGAUGACAAGUUAACCUGCUCGGAAGAAUUGGGGGACUUAGUCAAAGUGCUAGAUUUGCGACUAGCGUUGAAUAUUUACCUGCGGUGUGGGGCGCACAAUAAGAUAGUUUCCACCUAUUGUCUUCUUAACAUGUUUAAUAAUGUCCUCAGCUAUUUGAAUAACUUUAAGCAGGUCUCCUUUGACUUUGUAAGCAUAUUCAUUGUCAUUGUGAAUUACGAAUCUCAGUACAGUAACGAGAAAGACAGGAGUUCGUCCAUGACUGAUAUGAGUAGCUCCUCGAAGAACGAAGCGAUGGAUUUCUUCAACGAUAGCAGUAAUAGUACAAACGAUAGCAGGCAGGGAAAAGGUAUCAACAACGAAGUGGCAGUGCAGUACGUGAAAUUUCUAUGCGAAAAUAACAUCCCAUUUGAUAUCAACAAUAUUAUUGAUUAUCUGCUGAGUAAGAACAAGUUACAAGAAGCCACCUCGAUACUGCUGGACUUUCUGAAGGACAAUAAACCGGAGCAUAAAAAUUUACAAACCAAGUUGUUUGAAUUUAACUUAUACAAUAAUGUGCAAGUAGCAGAGACUCUAUUCCAAAUGGAUAUUUUUACCUACUAUGAUAAGAACAGAAUAGCCUAUUUGUGUGAAGAGAAGGGAUUAUUUCAGAGGGCCCUAGAAAACUACACCAAUUUGAAUGACAUAAAAAGAGUGAUCACCAAAUCGUCGUGCUUUCAAAAGAACACAAAUACGAAUCACAGCAUGGACGGCUCUCUCCCCAACACAGGGAUUUCCAUCGACUGGAUUAAGAAGUACUUUUCUACGUUAAGCGACUCUGUGUGUCAAGAUAUACUGUUUGAUUUCAUGAAGGGGAACAAAAUAAAUAUGGAGGUCGUCAUUUCCAUCUGCGUCCAGUACUAUAACAAAAUAGGUAUCAAGAAAAUUAUCAACAAAUUUGAGGAGAAUAAGAAUUACGAAGGAAUUUUCUACUUCAUUAGUUCGAUCCUCAGCCACUUGCCGAACUUAACCAACAAAACGACAGACCACCUAUCGUAUGGAAGCAUGAACGAUGAGACGUCGUCCAUUCUGCUGACAUCUGACAUCGGAUCUCAGUACAGCAACGCGGAAAAUUCCUCCAGCCUGAAAAUCGAAGAUGUUCAUUUUAUCAUGUUUAAAUAUAUUGAGGCGUGUGUCAAGAUAAACAACAUCCAAGAGUUAGACAGAAUUUGUAAGGACAAAAAUGCAAAGUACAACCCAGAACAAGUUAAAAACUUCUUGAAGGACUGCAAAUUGUCCGACCCCCGUCCACUCAUAUACGUGUGUGACAUACAUAACUACAUUGAAGAGCUCGCGGAAUAUUUAUAUAAAAAUAGCUUGUUGAAAUAUAUCGAAGUGUACGUGAUUAAGGUUAAUCCAAAUAAUGCUCACAAGGUUAUCGGUGUACUCCUGGACCUGGACGCCUCGGAAGACUUCCUCCUCAAUCUUUUGAACAAUAUAAAAAAUAUUUCCAAUAUAGGAAACCUAAUCGAAAUAGCAGAAAAGAGGAAUAGACUAAAAUUGCUGUUACCAUGGCUGGAAAGCAGAUCCAAUGAGGGAUAUGAAAAUAUUGAACUGCAUAACGCUUUGGCCAAGAUAUACAUCGACUUGAAUAAGGAUCCAGAGAAUUUCCUAAAGAAUAACAAUUUCUAUGAUAAAAAAUUAAUAGGGAAAUAUUGCGAAGAUCUAGACCCCCAUUUAGCCUAUACCGUGUACGAAAAAUCGAACGGAGAGUGCGACGAGGAGUUAAUCCAUAUAACCAGCAAAAAUGGCUUAUUCAAACUGCAAGCCAAAUAUUUAGUAUCCAGACAGUCCAUGGAAUUGUGGAUAAAGGUUUUAGACGAAUCCAACAAGUACAGAAAAAACGUAAUCGAUCAGGUCAUCGGCUCGACGUUGAUCGAAUCCAAUAACGCAGAAGAAAUUACCGUAACGGUUAAAGCCUUUAUUGAGAAAAAGCUAAGCAGUGAAUUAAUUGAGUUGCUGGAAAAAAUCGUUCUGCAUAACAGUGAAUUUAGUGAUAAUAAGAAUUUGCAGAACUUGCUAAUCUUGACUGCCAUCAAAUCGGAUUCGAAGAAAGUGAUGGAAUAUAUCAACCGACUUGACAGCUUCUCUGGUCCGCAAAUUGCGUCCGUUGCGUAUGACUAUAAGCUGAGGGAGGAAGCCUUUGUUAUUUAUAAAAAGUUCAAUUGCUACACAUCAGCCAUCUCCGUGCUGUUAGAUAAAAUCCUGCAAGUGAAUAAUAAAAGCGCCUAUCCAAAUGAAUUUUCGCGAGCGAGUUCGUCUGCCUACAACGAGAGUGACGAGUAUGUGAAGCAGUUGGGAGAGGGAGGAAGAUACGGCUAUCAAGAGGGGAGGGACAAUUUGCUUGGCGGCAGUAACGAGGUGGGGGGCGCGCUCAGUGAGUCUGAUUUACACGACGCGCAGGAACAACCUGUCCUAGACCCGAAAAGUUACGAAGAUGACCUAAACAGAGCCAUCGAAUACGCACAAAAGUGCAACCACAACGAUGUGUGGUUCAUUCUAGGGAAGGCCCAACUAAAAAUAAACAAAAUUAUUGACGCCAUAGACAGUUUCGUAAAAUCGAAUAACCCAGAAGCUUACAAGGAAGUUAUAGCAAAAUGCAAGGAGAAUAAUUUUUACGAGCAUUUAAUAACGUAUCUGAACACUCUGAGGGAUCAGAAUUUGCUGAAGGACGUGUUGGUAGAUUCGGAACUACUGUAUGCCUAUGCGAAAUUGAAAAAAACAACAGAAAUGACUAAAUUUAUUGGCUGCACUAAUUCAGCCAACUUGCAGCUAAUAGGGGAUAGACUGUUCAAAGAACAAGAGUAUGAAGUUGCCAAAAUAUUGUACAGCAACAUACCCAACAAUCAGAAGCUAACCUUCUGUUAUUUGAAGCUGAAGGAGUACUCUCUAGCCAUAGAAGCAGCCAAAAAGGCGAAGAGUCUGAAAACGUGGAAAGAAGUAAAUUUCAUUUGUGUUAAGUACAAGCAGUUGAAACAUGCACACACAGCAGGGCUCCAAUUAAUCAUGCAUGCGGAUCACCUGGACGAAAUUAUCAACAUUUAUGAAAAAAAAAAAUACAUAAACGAGUUAAUGAGUCUACUGGAGAACGGACUAAACAAUGAAAGAGCACACGUGGGAAUCUACACCGAGUUAGGAAUCCUCUACGCCAAGUACAAACCGGAGAAGUUAAUGGAGUUCAUAAGAAACUACUCAAACAAAAUGAACACAAGGAAAUUAAUUGAUGUUUGCCAAAAUGAAUACUUAUUAAAAGAAGCUGUUUAUUUGUACAUAUCCUACGAUGAGUACAACUUAGCGGUGGAUACCAUUAUAAAACACUCCCCCACUGCGUACACACCAGACACCUUCAUGCAAGUGAUUCACAAAGUCACCAAUAGUGACAUCAUACACAAAGUAAUCGAUUUCUAUAUAGAAGAGCACCCAUUAAAUUUGUACAAUUUGUUAAAAAUUUUGGAAAACAAAAUUGAUAACAAUCGAUUAGUACAGACAUUGAAGAAGUCCAACAAUUUACCUCUCAUACAAAAAUAUCUGGAAGAUAUCCAAGGGCAAAAUAUAACGGCUGUAAAUGAAACGCUAAACGAAAUUUAUUUACAAAAUGAUGAUUACAUCAGUUUGAGGAACUCAAUUGAUGAUUAUGACAAUUUUAACCAAACCAAUUUAAUCAACAAAUUAGAGAAUCACAAACUUUCAGAAAUGAGAAGAAUCGCAUCUCUGCUUUAUAAGAAAAAUAAAAAAUAUAAAGAAGCUAUUAAUCUUUCUAAGAAAGAGGAACAAUAUAAGGACGCAAUCGAAAUUGCAAGAGUGUCUAAGAAUAAUUCAUACGUGGAAGAUUUAAUAAAUUUUUUCAUCGAAAUUAAAAAUAAAGAAGCGUUGUGUGCGGGCCUCAUCGUUUGUUAUGAUAUACUCAAGCCCGAUUAUGUAUUAGAAAUUGUCUGGACCAGCGGAUUUAAGGACCAAGCUAUGUUAUACUUCAUUCAAGUUGUCAGUGAUUACACCAAUCAGAUCGACGCCAUGAAGAAACAAAUCGAAGACAUGCAGAAGGAGAAGAAGAUGAAUAAAUCUGCUCCUAACGAUUUUGCGGCCAACUCCAUGUCUGGCCAGUUUAACUACUCGCUCAACAAUCACUUGUCCAUCAUGCCUCCUCAGAAUAGCUACAUGUCUGGCAGUUCUCAGUACGACAAGUUUGACAAGUAUGACAUGUUUAACAAUAAUUCGCACUUUUGA